GGGAAGUAUAAGCCACUGUAAGCAUGCGCCAAAAAAGGAAAAGGCGGUGUCCCCCUUCGAUGACACCAGUGGAGGAAAGGGCAACGACUCCAUUCCUGAGUGGAGAAAAAAAAUCCAAAGAUACACCGGUGUUCAAAUAUACGAAGAGGAAGAUAAAGAUCACAGAAAAAAACAACCAGUAGAUUGCCCAUUUCCUGUUAGCAAAAGUGUUAUUUUCGAAAAGAACAAAGUGAACAAAUCGGAGGAUCCCAUAAACAUAAAUUAUAGUAACAUAGCCAGUGACUUAUACCCAGAGAAAGGAUUUAAGACGCCAAACAGAAAAAAGCAUUUUUCCUCAGAUUGGGAAAUGCUACUAGCACAUAAUCAUGGGCUGUACAAUUUUAAAAACACAGACCAUAACACCAUUUAUUUGGCCAUAGAGUACUAUAAAUGCUUGUUAACUCAUUCCUUUCACAUGAAUCCCGAUGUCAGCAACCAAAAGUGUGUUAAGUGGUUUAAUGAGUUCAUGCAGUGUAAGUUGGACGAGCACAAGCUAAAUUAUGGCUACAACUACAUUGGAAAUAGGAGAAAUAAAAAGUCCAAGGCGUAUAUUGCGGCCCCCGAUUAUCAGUACUCCUA